ACGAAAAAACCAUAGUCUAAUUCAAGAAACACACACAAUACACAAAAGAGGAAGAAAGAAAAAAAACACGAUCUCUAGGUCUUGUUCAUCCGUGUUUCAGAUCUAGUGGUCGGGAAUUCGAAUGGAUCAAAGAACAGGUGAUCCAAGAAUAUACAUCGUCACUCUUCUCUUUCUUUCAUGCAUCCUCACAGGAGGAGUCCUUCUCGGGCUUUACCUCGUCCAACAUGAUCCAAAUCCUCUGUUUCUACAAGCGGGUAUGUUCUUCGUUGGUAUCCCAUGGUUCUUCUGGUUCUUGGCUUACAUCUACUCUUGUCUCCUCAAGCCUUGCAUCCUCUCCAUAAGCCAAAGAGUUUCCAGAUUCGAUCCUGAGAAAGGCGGGGAGGAGGAGGAGAAAAACAAUAAAAGCAUCACGGAAAUCGUCAUGUCGGAUUCACAUCCCGUGGCUGCGGUGGAGCCGAGGAAUUCGCCGAGGGACGGAGAGAAGCACGUGCAGUUCGGGAAUGUGGUGGUUCUUGGAGAUGAAGGAGGAGUAAAAGCAGCAGAAGAGGAGGAGGAGGAGGAUCUAAAUGAAAGAAGUACUAAUAAACUGAUUCCGGAUCAUAUGAGAAUGGGAGACGAAGAUCAUCAAGAACAUCAUGAUGAGAGUGGCGUUGAUAAGGAUUGCGAUAGAACUCCUUUGAGAUUAUCCGUGGGGAACAGAUGAUUUGAUGAUACUGAAUGAUCAGGAACUGAUCGUCUUUUUGGGUUGUUAACUAUGGUUUGAACAGAGAGGAAAGGCUUUGAAAAAGCUGAACCCUAAUAGACGUGUGAGACAAGGAACAUUGUUUUUGAGUAUGAACUUAAGUAACAUGUGAAAGUCCAUAGAAGAUUUUGUUUUGUUUUAGCUUUCUUUCUAUUGUUCUUCUGGUUUUGGAUGAAUUCAGAAAAUAAUC